AGACGGGGCGCGCGCUGUGCCCGUUAAGAGGCCGCCGGUGCCCUCACGCGCCUCACUCUCGUCGCUUCGCUCGCCGAGCCCUCGCCUCCGUACCUCGCCCCAGGCCCCGGCCCCGCCGCCCCAGGCCCCGCCGGCCCCGGCCCCUCGCCUCAGGCCUCGGCCCCUCGCCCCGCACGCUCCCCUGGCCGGCAGCGCUCCCGGCUGCCCCGCCGCCUCCGCCGCCCGCCGCCGCCUGAGGAAGGAGAGAAGACGGGCGCGGGCCGCAGCGGCGCUGGCCAGGCCGCGGUCCCGGGGCCGUAGCGGCUCGGUGUCCGUCCCGUCGCGUACGAGUCAGGGAGCUGCUGUAAAGCGAUGGCGCCCGGGCAGCUUUCCCCAGAAGAUUUAGAGGAUGAUUUUGGUGGAGAGAGCUUGGCAUGGUCCUCACCCCCACAUCAUGCAUGAAGGGAGAUGAAGAGAAAUACCUCCCAGGUUCCCCCGGCGUGUUUCGUCCCCAGAGCAGAGCAGGUGAAGAUCCAGGGCUCAGAGCUCGGCAUGAAACAAGGUUUGAAAAAGGACGGAUCUACACCUUUAUUGGGGAGGUGGUGGUUUCCAUGAAUCCUUACAAGAACUUGAACAUCUAUGGGCGAGACGUGAUUGAGCAGUACAAGGGAAGGGAGCUGUACGAGAGGCCUCCUCACCUCUUUGCGAUUGCUGACGCCGCUUACAAAGCCAUGAAGCGACGAUCCAAAGACACCUGCAUUGUCAUCUCAGGUGAAAGCGGGGCUGGGAAAACUGAGGCCAGUAAAUACAUAAUGCAGUACAUAGCAGCCAUUACCAACCCUGGUCAGAGGGCUGAGGUGGAAAGAGUCAAGAACAUACUGCUGAAAUCCAACUGUGUGUUAGAGGCCUUUGGCAAUGCCAAGACAAACCGGAACGACAAUUCCAGCAGGUUUGGAAAAUACAUGGAUAUCAACUUUGAUUUCAAAGGAGACCCCAUAGGUGGCCAUAUCAACAACUACUUACUAGAAAAGUCUCGUGUGAUUGUGCAGCAGCCAGGAGAACGAAGCUUUCAUUCUUUUUACCAGCUCCUGCAGGGAGGUUCUGACCAGAUGUUACGUUCUCUACAUCUGCAGAAGGAUGCCUCUGCUUACAACUAUAUCUGUCCUGGAGCACAGAUAAAGUGCUCCAUCAAUGACGGCGCAGAGUUCAAAGCCGUAGCUGAUGCCAUGAAAGUGAUAGGCUUCAAGCAAGAGGAGAUUCAGACUGUCUACAAAAUUGUGGCAGCCAUUCUUCACUUGGGGAACUUGAAAUUCUCUGUGGAUGGUGACACACCUGUAAUAGAAAACAGCAAGGUCGUGGCUGUCAUCGCAGACCUGCUGUCAACAAAGGCUGACAUGGUGGAGAAGGCUCUGCUGUUCCGGACCGUAGCCACGGGCCGGGAUGUCAUUGACAAGCAGCACACUGAGCAAGAGGCCACCUAUGGCAGAGAUGCCUUAGCAAAAGCGAUCUACGAGCGCCUCUUCUGCUGGAUUGUCACUCACAUCAAUGAUGUGAUCGAAGUGAAGAACUAUGACACCACCAUCCAUGGCAAGAACACGGUCAUUGGCGUGCUGGAUAUCUAUGGCUUUGAAAUAUUUGAUAACAACAGUUUUGAGCAGUUUUGCAUCAAUUACUGCAAUGAAAAGCUGCAGCAGCUCUUCAUUCAGCUGGUUCUAAAGCAGGAGCAGGAAGAGUACCAGCGAGAGGGAAUCCCCUGGAAGCACAUCGAUUACUUUAACAACCAGGUGAUUGUGGACCUGGUGGAGCAGCAGCACAAAGGGAUCAUUGCUAUUCUGGACGAUGCCUGCAUGAACGUCGGCAAGGUGACGGAUGAGAUGUUCCUUGAGGCUCUCAAUAACAAGCUGGGCAAGCAUGCUCAUUUCUCCAGCAGAAAGCUUUGUGCAACUGACAAAACUCUGGAGUUCGACAGAGACUUUCGGAUCAGGCACUACGCCGGGGACGUGAUUUACUCAGUCAGUGGGUUUAUUGACAAGAACAAGGACACUUUAUUCCAAGACUUCAAGCGCCUCAUGUACAACAGUUCUAACCCAGUGUUGAAGAUGAUGUGGCCUGAAGGUAAACUGAGCAUCACUGAGGUGACCAAGAGACCUCUGACAGCUGCUACUCUUUUUAAGAACUCCAUGAUUGCACUAGUGGACAACCUAGCAUCAAAGGAGCCCUACUACGUGCGUUGCAUCAAGCCCAACGACAAGAAGUCUCCGCAGGCGUUCGACGAGGAGCGGUGCCGGCACCAGGUGGAGUACCUGGGCCUGCUGGAGAACGUCAGGGUGCGCAGGGCCGGCUUCGCCUACCGCCAGACCUACGCCAAGUUCCUGCACAGGUACAAGAUGAUCUCGGAAUUCACGUGGCCGAACCACGAGCUGCCCUCAGACAGGGAUGCUGUGCAGAAGCUCCUAGAGUGCCACGGCUUCCAGCACGACGUGGCUUACGGCAAGACCAAGAUCUUCAUCUGCACGCCUCGAACCCUCUUCACCCUGGAGGAGCUGCAUGCCAAGAUGCUUGUGAGGAUCGUCCUCUUCCUGCAGAAGGUGUGGAGGGGCACCCUGGCUCGCCUUCGCUACAAGAGGACGAGGGCUGCGCUGACCAUCCUGAGGCACUACCGCCGCGCCAAGGUCCGCGCCUACCUGCAGGAGCUGGCCCGGCGCUUCCAGCCCGUGCGGCUCACGAAGGACUACGGCAAGCACGUGCAGUGGCCCGCUCCUCCCAAGGUGCUGCACCGCUUCCAGGAGGCACUCCAGGCCAUUUACCACAGGUGGAGAGCGGGUGAGCUCAUCCGGAGCGUCCCACCAGAAGUCCUACCUCAGCUGAGGGCCAAGGUUGCUGCCAUGGAAGUGCUGAAGGGUCACAGAGCUGAUAUUGGCCUGCAAAGAGCGUGGGAGGGGAAUUACAUCGCACUGAAACCAGAUAACCCCCAGACCACGGGCUCCUUCAUCCCUGUUGCCAACGAGCUGAAACGGAAGGACAAGUACAUGAAGGUUCUGUUCUCGUGCCACGUGCGCAAGGUCAACCGCUUUAACAAGGUGGAAGACAGAGCCAUCUUCAUUACUGACCGACACCUGUAUAAGAUGGACCCUGUGAAGCAGUACAAGGUGAUGAAGACCAUCCCCCUCUACAAUUUGGUAGGAUUGAGUGUCUCCAAUGGGAAGGACCAGCUCGUGGUCUUCCACACGAAAGACAACAAGGAUCUCAUUGUGUGUCUCUUCAGCAAAGAGCCCUCCAACGACAGCAGGAUUGGAGAGCUGGUGGGAGUCCUGACAAGCCACUUCAAGAGCGAGAGGCGUCCCCUGCGCGUGAGCGUGGCACACCCGGUGCCCUGCAGCCUGCACGGGAGGAAAUGCACCGUGGCCGUGGAGACCAGCAGCAGCCAGGCGCAGCCGGACUUCACCAAGCACCGCUCGGGCUUCGUGCUCUGCGUGCCGGGGCAUUAACGGGGGCAGGAGACACGAGCGGGGGCUGCCGCUGCCCCCGGCCCCGCCGCGGGAUGCGCUCGGACACGCUCGGCUGGGACUGGGGCACCGGCCGCUAAAGGUGGAACAAAGCCCGGGCUCGGAGAGGGCUUGAUCGCCACGUGAAGGCUUAAAAACGGCCGGUGAGCUGCAUCCAUCUCACAGAACGGGCCAGAGCAGCAGGACAGUGCUUCUGGUCCGAAGGUGCAUCUAUAGGCACCUGCACCCUUUCCCCCGUUGCCCACGGCCAGCUCUCACACCCUCUGCUGAUCCCUCCUGGGGUUAGAUCUCGCGUAUCCUUUGUUUUUUGCAAGAUUCUGCAGCCUCCAGCUGAGGAACCAAAGAUCCUGGGCUCAGGGAGCCCCGUGCUGCAAGCCCCAGCCCCGGCGAGGUGGGGGCUGGAGGGGCUGAGCCUGCACCUUCCACCGCCCAGCACACGCCAGCGGGGAACACAGCCCCGGCCGCUGCCUGAGCUCAGGAAGCCACCGAGAGCCCCGGGCUGGGGGCAGGCCCACUGCCAGAACGGAGAGUGGGACAGUGCAGAGCUUUUAUGCCUUUAAUCCUGCAGCAUUCUGCCUUAAUUACCCUCUCCAAUGACCUGAAAAGCCAGUGGUCCUGUUCAGACCAAGUGGCUGAAUGCUGAGCCCCGGUGCUGGGGGCUGAGGCUGCAGCUCUUUGGCUUCACACUGAACCUCUGGGCACAUCCAUCCAUGCCCCUCUCUCCAUCCCUCCCUCCACCCUCCAUGGGUGGCACCGUGGCUUCUCCAGUGGCACCCAAACCCAGCCAAGCUGGAGCUGGGUGUUUGCAAGAGGGCUCCACAGACUAAGGAGCUCUUCAUUUCUGCUGCAUCGUGGGGCUGUGUGUGCUGAGUCCUGGCACUGCUGGUCAGGUCAGGAUCUGCAGCAGGGCUGGUGGGGGGAGCCCAGCCUAGGAAUCACCCACCUCCAGCCCAGGGAGCGCAGCUUUGAUGAGCAUGGGAAGAACUGGGAAGCCUGGAAAGGGCUUCUCACCUGCCAGCCUGUCAGGGGAGGGUUUCCCAAAGCCACGGACACAGGGACUGUGCCACACCAAGCCCCAGAGUGUGGAGGGAUCCUGCAUGGGGGGAUCCUGCACAGAGAGCUCUGCUCGUCAGGUCCAACCCACAUCCUCAGGAAGCAGCUCCUCCAGCUCCUGGCCAAGUCACCCACCACCCCAGCCCAGCCACACCAAGGGCUCCUCACCUUGUCAAGCACCUCCCACGAGCGGCUCAGGACCAGCGAGGCCCCUGCACCUCCUCCUGUAGCCCCCAGCACCAGCUCCUCGCCGCCAGCGCCUCGGGACAGCCCAGCCCGCGUCUGCCUCCUCCCAGGAAAGCUCCAGAAGGCAGAAACCCGGCUGCUGCUGUGCCUUUCUCCUUGCACUCCUCGCUUUCUGCACCUCCUUGGCCAGCCCUGCCCCAGGAGCAGCGACCUGCAGCCAGGCAGCAGCAGGAGCUCCGUGGGCCCUGCGAGCAAGUGCAGGGCAGGUCCAACCUACGAGAUGGCAACAUUGGAGGUGAUGAGAUGUGUCUUUAUGAAAUGUAGCUGUUCCUGUUCUGGUUUUAUAGAGAGAGAGAUAUAUAGAGAUAUAUAAAGUAUAUAUUCCUGAUUAUUCCCAUAAAUUAACUAGCCCUGAAUGGGGUUUUGCUCUUCAGCCUGGGGCAAUGCUGCUGCAAUGAUCCAAUGCUGCAAUGAACCUCUGGGGGAGUUGAAUUGCCGGUAUUUUAACGUGUAAAAAAGCAGUAAAUCAAACAAUCCCUCUACUAUGCUGCACCUGGGCUCUGGUUUCCAUCCUUCACCGCAAUAAACAACCCCCCAGGAGCUGCA